AUGGGGGAGAUGGAGGGGGAGUCCAUUGGCAUGAAAAGAGCUCCUUCGUCUGCUUCUCAGAGGAUGAUUUCAUAUUCUGGAUGUGUUGCCCAAGUUUUUUUUUUCAUCUUCUUUAUAUCAUCUGAUUUCUUUCUUCUCACAGUUAUGGCUUACGAUAGGUAUGUUGCUAUUUGCAAUCCAUUACAGUAUGAAAUGUUGAUGAACAAGCAAGCCUGCCUUCAAAUGACUGGUGUUGUUUGGCUCAGCAGUUUGCUUAAUGCAAUGUUACACACUGGUGGUACUUUUGCACCACCCUUUUGCUCCAACACUGUCAAUGGUUUUUUCUGUGAAAUGCCCCAUUUAGUGAAGCUUGCUUGCUCUGAUAUGUACCUAAUUGAAGUUGGAUAUAGUGUAUUAACUGCUGUAGUUGCAAUAGGAUGUUUCAUUUUCAUCACUGUGACAUAUGUCCAUAUCUUUACUGCAGUGCUGAAAAUUCCCACUGUGCAGGGAAGGCAGAAAGCUUUUUCAACUUGCCUUCCCCAUCUUAUUGUGGUUUCCCUAUUGAUAUUCACAGCAUGUACUGUCUACAUGAACCCUUCCUCUAAAUCUCCACCAUAUCUUGGUUUGGCCUUCACUAUAUCAUAUUCCAUGAUUCCCCCUCUAAUGAAUCCAAUAAUCUACAGCAUGAAAAACAAGGGAAUAAAAAAUGCUCUAGCCAAGCUCUUGGGUUUAAGAUUGUCUUCUGCAAAUUGUCUUUAG